UCCUUAUCUGCAUUGAUUUUGUGUGCAUCCGGCAUUUUUCGAGCCAUGAAGAAGAAAAACACAUCCAAAUCGCCAGUGGUCAAGGCAGGAGUGUUAGCUGGCAAAGUGAAGGGCCUCCUUCCCGAGGCCCUGGAUUUGAGUUCCUUAAAGGCGGAGGAGGAUGACGAUGGGCCGCCAGAAGAGCUGACGACUGAGACAGCAGCUGCGGUGGAGGAGGUGGAUGCUUUGCUGGUGACCAAGGAGAAGGUCAAGAAGGCGAAGCCCAAGAAAGGUGAUGCAAAGCCUAAAAGCAAAGCUGUGAAAUACCUCUGGGAAGAGCCUGAGAAUCAGGAGCUGCUGGAGCUCUUGCGCCAGGAGACAGAGACGAAACGCCAGGCCAAAGCAACCCGAGCCAGGGUGGAGAAGGACGGCGUAGUGCUAAUAAAACAGGGUGCUGAUGAGGACGAUUUGGAGGCCUCAAAUUUCCUCAAAGAGGAGCUUUUCUCUCGUCGAAAACGGAAGCGCAGCGUCCGAGAUCGCUUUGAUCGGAACGUCUUGUCAGCCUUCAGCCGGGCGCGACCUUUGCAUGUCGUCAACCCGCGGAAAAAAACGCGACAGGCUGCGACUGCGCUGGGCAAGUGACCCUGGUGCAGAGCGCAGCGCCUCUCGCGGAAAAGGUGCUGAUCUGCAGGCUCCAGGCUCUAGUGCGAAGUUGUUUUCAAGUAGUCUCGGCAGUUGGGAGG